AUGGGUUUGUUGAGAGACCUCAGGAAUGGCAUUGCCCAUUUUGCAGGCUCUGUGCGAAUGAGUCCAGCUCAAGCCACGACAUGGCUUUCAUGUUGGUCAGCUUGGACUCUAGGAUCCUUUCAAUUCUACUUACUUCCGUUCACUCUUGCAUCCCUCGCCAAAUACCUUGAUGUCGAACAAACCAAGAUAUCGGAGGCUAAUACAACCACUAUGCUGUCUCGAUUACUCGGCGCUAUCAUCUUCGGCAUUGCUUCUGAUCAGUACGGAAGAAAGAUUCCACUACUGAUUGAUCUUGUUUUGGUUGGCGUGUUGACACUCUGUAGUGGAUUCAUCCAUACAUAUGGUCAACUUGUUGGUGUUCGACUCUUAUUCGGAAUUGCUUAUGGGGUCAUUUAUGGACUUAUCACGGCGGCGGCCCUGGAAGCUGUACCUAAAAGAGCGAGAGGAAUCGUUUCUGGACUUACUCAACAAGGGUUCGCUGCAGGCUACAUGCUCGCUUCUGGCUUCCAUCUCGCCAUGGCGGAUUAUGAAUGGCGAGCCCUGUUCUGGCUGGGAGCGGGGUUGUCCGUUCCUGUCUUUCUCCUAAGACUCUUUCUGCCUACGAUCUCCGUCGCUGCAACAGAUGAAGACGAUGGUGUCGCAGCUGGAGAUGUCGACGCUCGAGCAGUCGUUGGGGGAAACUUGUCGUUCAUCAAGAAGCUUAAAUACGUCCUUCGACACCACUUUCUUGCUGUUGUCUACAUGGCUCUACUUUCGGCUUGCUUCGCCACGAUGGGUCAUGGUUCUUUCGACUUGUAUCCAACCUUUCUAACAGUUCAGCGCAAGUUGACAGUUCGCGAAGAGACAUGGGUCACUAUCCUGCUCCAAAGUGGAGGGAUUUCCGGGGCCCUGGUGGGUGGAUACCUUGGUAACCGAUACUCCCUGAAGUGGGUGCCGUUUUGCUUUGCGCUCUUUGCGGUUCCGUUCUUGCCACUUUAUGCCCUGCCGAGUAAAUGGAAUCUUCUCGGUCUUGGAGCCUUCUUUAUGGAAUUUGGGUACGGCGGAGCGAUUGGAAAUCUUGGAAACAUUUUUCAACAAAUCUGUCCGCAUCCAGGAAUGAGAGCAGCAUUUGGUGGUGUAUCGUAUAAUAUUGGAAAUGCUAUAAGUUCCAUAGCACCAACCAUCGAGACGAGUCUAGGAGAGAGAUUCCCAACAGCACAGGGAACGCCAGACUAUGCUAAGACGCAAUUGAUCUUGGUUGGAAUUAUAGUGUCUUGGACUGUUGCUACUCUGUUUGGGUUUGAUGCCACUGCAUAG